GCGCUGCCGCCCCGGCCGCCCCAUCGCCCCUCCCUCCGCCGCCUGCCCCGGGCGCGGCAGUCGGGUCGGCACGGCGCGGCCUGCACCAUGGAGGCGCCCCCCGUCACCAUGAUGCCCAUCACGGGCGGCACCAUCAACAUGAUGGAGUACCUGCUCCAAGGGAGCAUCCUGGACCAGAGCCUGGAGAGCCUGCUGCACCGCCUGCGCGGCCUGUGCGACAACAUGGAGCCGGAGACCUUUCUGGACCACGAGAUGGUGUUCCUGCUGAAGGGGCAGCAGGCCAGCCCCUUCGUGCUGCGGGCGAGGCGGGCCAUGGACAAAAGCGGGAUGCCCUGGCACCUGCGCUACCUGGGCCAGCCAGAAAUAGGUGACAAGAAUCGCCACGCGCUGGUGCGCAACUGUGUAGACAUUGCUACUUCGGACAACCUGACAGACUUCCUGGUGGAGAUGGGCUUCCGCAUGGACCAUGAGUUCAUGGCCAAAGGGCACGUGUUCCGCAAGGGCAUCAUGAAGAUCAUGGUGUACAAGAUCUUCCGCAUCCUAAUGCCAGGGAACACGGAGAGCAUUGAGCCACUCUCCCUCUCCUACCUGGUGGAGCUAAACGUGGUAGCGCCAGCAGGACAGGACAUUGUUUCUGAUGACAUGAGGAACUUUGCUGAGCAACUGAAGCCUCUCGUGCACCUGGAAAAAAUUGACCCCAAAAGGCUUAUGUGAUUAAAAAGCUGGGAAGGCAUUGGUUUUAUUAAGUGUUCCUAAAGAGGGAACACUCUAGGAAAAAAAAACUAACUAAUUUUUCUAGAAAGCCUCCUGAGGGCAAAUUAAAGUAGGAAGAAGGGGAUAAAGGACUGUGUAUCAGUUUUA